AUGCAGGGAGUGACACCUACUUUUGAGAAAAAAGUAUAUUUGGUGGUGGAACUAAUGGACUUCUCGUGGUACCUGAACUUGUCAGAAGCAGACGAUGUGACGCGCCAGAAGCUGUACCACGUGAUGGCGGCGCUGGCGCUGGUGGAGUUCCCCUACUACUACAUGGUGCCUCUCUCCUUGGAGAAGGCCGGCGACCUCGUGGACAAGCUCAAUGACAUAAACAUCACGCGCUUCAUGAUGCAGACGCUGCCGAGAAUCGACGACGUAUUCUACGAGUGCUUCUGGCAGGGCCACAUCAACAACUGCUCCAACAUGUUCUUCCUGCAGCGCACCGAAGCUGGCUUCUGCUACGGUUUCAACUCACUCGCCGCAGAGAACACGAGGCAAUGCCCGGCGAUGUCUACGUACAAGGUGCCCACCGGGGCGACCGUGAACCGCGAUCCGUGCCAGAUGCGACGCAACAUCGCUUCAGGCCCCACGACGGGUCUCGAAGUCUUCCUCAAGUCGCUGCCCGAAGAAGAAUCUCUGGGCGAUGGCCAGAGGGACCGGAAUGGGUACAGGGUGUUCCUGCAGCCGGUGACGGAGGUUCCGCAGGCGGGCACGGGCCUGCUGCUGCCGCCCAGCGACGACCACGUCAUGCGCGUCCGGCUGUCCGUCUCGUUCACAGAGAGCAGCCUGCAGGUGGCCUCGCUGGACGUGCCGCAGCGCAGCUGCCUCUUCCCGGACGAGCAGCGGCUGGAGCUCACCAACUCCUACUCGCAGACCUCCUGCCUCACCGACUGCCGGCUCUCCUACAUCAUCUCCAAGUGCAACUGCUCGCCCUACUUCUUCAACCACAUUCAGAGGGACCUGCGCUUCGUGAAGCCGCAGGGGGUGGCCGGCGACGACAGCUCCAAGUUCCUGGACGGCGUGCUGGACUGCUCGCACUGCCUGCCCACGUGCCGCAGCUACUCGUACGUGCAGGAGGUGCGCUACGAGAGCAUUACGGCACGCACGCCCUUCCACGGCUACAUCGACGUCCACUACGCAGAUGUCAGCGCCGUCAAGUACGGCGUCGAUCUCGCCUUCGACUCCAUGACUCUCAUAGUGUGGUUCGGCGGCAUCCUGAGCCUCUUCCUGGGCGUGAGCGUGCUGUCGUGCGUCGAGCUGCUCUACUAUGCGGCUCGCCUAGUGGACGCCCUGCUGCGCCGAGUGCUCGUCCAGCCGGCAGAGGCGGGCCUGUCCAAGUGGCGCUCCAGCGGCCUGCUGGAACGCCAGGUAGCUGCCAAGCAGGCGCGACUCUUCUACUAG